CAUCAUUACCAGUCAUGAAAGGCUUGUUUUUUUAACCUUUUUCUACACAAACUUAUCGACCCAUUCCGCUCUCUGUCCCUGACUUGCACUCAAACACGUCACUUGAAGUGCCAUUGUGUCCCUGACCUUCAGAUUUGGUUGCCCUUGGUUGUGGCUUUUGCGGAAAGCUUCAACACGAAACUUCUAGAUCAAUCUCACAGUACAUGAUGCAUGGGUUUUCUUUUUUUUUUGGGCCCCAUUAGAUGGCUCAGUGAGGACGAAAAUGGUGGCGUAGGCAACGCCUCCUACGUCAUCGCGGGCCCACGGUUUGUGUGUCUGCGCCUGGGGUUUGUGCGUAACAGAAAGGGGGAUUCCGCCUCUUUCUUAUAGCUCUUCUGUGAUACGGAUGGUUGUAAAUAUUUAGGAGAGGGGAGGAGGGAGAGGAGAGCACUGGAGGGGUUGAGCGAAGAGGGUGUGUAUAAGAAGCCUCAGAGGAGGCAAGCGUUUAGUUGUUGAGACCCUGAGCCUAAGGAUACAAGCUGAGCCACCCAACUCCCCUGUGUCUGCAUAAGGAGGGAAUCUAAGAUAUCACACUCACAGGCUGCAGCCACGGACUACAGGUAGAACAUCCCAAGACUCUCCGGCUGGUGAAUCCCUGUGCUGAGACCUGCUGGGCUCCGGUUUGUACUUAUUCGUCCAGGUGUGCUGAGCGAUGAAGAUCCCUCUGUGGUGCCUGGUGGUUCUGCUGGCGUGCGUCUUCAGCCCUGGACAUUGUGACUGUCAGGGGGAGUGUGUGGCCUGUGGUCUGCUCCUGCGGCAGCAGCAGCUGCAGCAAGCCUUCAAUACCAUAGUCUGUCUGCUGGAGUGUGAAGGUCAUGCUUCCUCCUCCCUCACAUGGGAAGUGUGUAAACGUGCCGUGAAGCACCAGGAAACACUUCAAGAGGGAGGCGCUUUUUUGAAGAGGGGAGGGGAGCAGCUGGAGCUGACCUCCGAAGACCUGAACUCUGACAGUGGGCUGCUGCAGCCCACAGACCGCUUCCAGGAUCAGGAUCCGGAUGAGGCGGACCUGCGCAGCGUCCAGUAUGACUCAUCCCUGCUGGAGUCCUCGGAGGAGGGGGAGAGCCUGGAUCCCCGCCUGGAGGGCAAAGAGGAGACGCAGAGGGAUGAGAGGGAUGUGACGAGCCAAUCAGAGAUGGAUGAAGAUAACGACAGUUUACAGGUCGUCUCCUUAUCUAAACGCUUCGGCGGCUUUCAGAGGGGGCGCCACGGAUACAGGAAGUUGAUCGGGUCCCCCAUGAGGCCUCUACAAAAGCGCUACGGGGGCUUCAUAGGCGUCCGGAAGUCUGCCCGCAAAUGGAACAGCCAGAAGCGGGUGAACCAGCUGCUGAGGCAAUACCUGGGCAUGAGGAGCAACCGCAGUGGCAGGUUCAACGCCUCCAUGAAUCGAGCGUGGAGGCAAAACAAACUCUAAGUCUGUUUGCUGUCGUCCCUUGUUCCUCCCCGGUACCUCAACCUGCCGACCAUUUAAUUUUUCAGCAGCACCUUUGCAUUGGACCUGUGACGUCAGCAUCGUGAUCAGAACAGACUCCAUCUCUCUGCACCUCUCUCUGUGUCUCUGAGUAACUAAAAUGUUUUGACCGUGAUGUCCCUCUUCUUAAACAUGCCAUACUGUGAAAUAAAAGAAUUAGAGAAGUGCAAAUGGAAUAUAUUUUUGUGUGUCAGUAUAAUAAAAGGGGCCAGUCUGA